UCAACCUGUAGAUAGAGCGCGUUGUGCUCUGUUGUUUCCACUGCCACCCUCUCCCCUCUGACACCGAGCCGGAUCCUCGGACAAUCAGGACGCAUGAACUGGGAGAGGGUGCCGGUUCGAUUCCCGAACGUACGGAAAAGUUGAGGGAUCGUGCGCCAUCCCCCAGCCUUAUGAAUGGCCCGAACAUGGAGGAGAUGCCAUUCGAAAGAGUCAAGACCCGGCGGAAGAAGGGUCACUGCCCGGCCGGUGCACCCCUGGGCGCCAUCGCCUGCGAGGAUGAGUUCAACAGCCACGAGCUGGAGUCUCUGUUCCAGAACUACAACCUGAAGCUGGAACAGACCGCCACCCUCAAAGCGCUGGCGGUGCUCAUCGUGGCUGCGUCGUCGCUGUCCCUGAUGGAGCUGCUGUCCAGUCCGCGUCUCACCUUGUCCAAGGGCUCCUACCCGGUGCACUGCGUGGUGUUCCUGUCGCUGUUUAUCGUCACCAACGUCAAAUACCUGCAGGUGACGCAGAUGCAGCAAAUAGCGAAGCUGGCCCUGCUGUUCAGCUUCACCUUUGCGCUGCUCUGCUGCCCGUUCCCGCUGGCGCUCGGCACGUCGGAGCUGGUGAGCGCCGCUGCCCCUGAGCAAGGUGUGUGGCAGCUCAUGCUGGUCACCCUCGUGGCUUACGUGCUGCUGCCGGUGCGGACUCUGCUGGCAGUACUGUUCGGGGUCAUGCUGGCUGCAUCCCACUUCAUUGUCAUAGCGACGUCGUUCACGGGGAGGAAACAGAAGCCGUGGAGACCGCUGGUGGCCAAUGCGGUGCUGUUCACCAGUGUCAACCUGUCGGGAGUGUUUGUGAGGAUUCUCACCGAACGUACCCAGAGGAAAGUCUUCCUGCAAGCCCGCAACUGCAUCGAGGAGAGGCUGAGACUGGAGGAUGAGAAUGAGAAGCAGGAGCGUCUGCUAAUGAGCCUACUGCCCAGGAAUGUUGCCAUGGAGAUGAAGGAGGACUUCCUGAAGCCGCCUGAGAGGAUCUUUCAUAAGAUCUACAUCCAACGUCAUGACAAUGUCAGCAUCCUGUUUGCAGAUAUUGUCGGUUUCACCAGCUUGGCUUCACAGUGUACCGCUCAGGAAUUGGUUAAACUGCUCAAUGAACUCUUUGGGAAGUUUGAUGAGCUGGCUACAGAGAAUCACUGCAGGAGAAUCAAGAUCCUGGGAGACUGUUACUACUGUGUGUCAGGAUUGACCCAACCCAAAGCAGACCACGCCCACUGCUGUGUAGAGAUGGGCCUAGACAUGAUUGACACAAUUGCGUCAGUGGUGGAGGCGACAGAGGUGGACCUGAACAUGCGUGUUGGUUUGCACACAGGACGGGUGCUGUGUGGCGUGUUGGGCCUGAGGAAAUGGCAGUAUGACGUCUGGUCAAACGAUGUCACACUGGCAAAUGUGAUGGAGGCCGGAGGGCUGCCUGGUAAGGUGCACAUCACCAGGACCACACUGGAGUGUCUGAACGGGGACUAUGAGGUGGAGCCAGGCUUCGGACAUGAACGACACGCCUUCCUUCAGAAACAUCACAUAGAGACAUUUUUCAUUGUGCCAUCUCAUAGACGUAAGAUAUUUCCUGGUCUGAUUCUGUCAGACAUCAAACCAGCCAAGAGGAUGAAGUUCAAGACGGUGUGCUACCUGCUGGUGCAGCUCAUGCACUGUAGGAAGAUGUUCAAGGCCGAGAUCCCUUUUUCCAACGUCAUGACCUGCGAGGAUGACGACAAGCGAAGAGCCCUGCGGACUGCAUCAGAGAAGCUGAGGAAUCGGACGUCCUUCUCAGCCACCGCCGUGCAGCACUCGCCGGGAACACGAGUCAACCGCUACAUCGGACGGCUCAUUGAAGCGCGGCAGACCGAGUCCGAGACAUCAGACCUCAACUACAUCACCCUGUUUUACAGGAAUAGAGACAGGGAGCGCAGGUAUCACCAGGUUUAUGACGACCAUUUCAUCAGUGCGGUGGUUCUGUCUCUGAUCCUCGCUGCUCUGUUUGGCCUUAUCUAUCUGCUAAUGAUCCCGCAGGGGAUGCUGGUGCUGCUGCUGCUCGUGCUGUGUGUGUGUUUCCACGUGGCCUGCGUCAUGUAUCUACACCUCACUAGUGUACAGUGCCAACCGGGCUGCCUCACCAUCCAGAUCCGAACGGUACUGUGUGUCUUCCUCGUUCUGCUCACCUACUCUGUUACGCAAGCCUGUGUGGCGGGAUGUGUUCCUUGGGGCAGAGUUGUAACAAACUCCAGUCGCGCGGCAGAGGACGGCACCACAGAUGCUCUUGGGAUCAGACCCAGUAACGUCACAACAAGUGACAAAGCAUGUCCAAAUAUGGCAUACGCCCUGUUGUCCUGUGUGGCUGGAACCCUCACCAUCGUCCCCUAUCUUAGAGUCUCCUCAUUGCCCAAGAUCCUCCUCCUCCUUCUCCUCUCUGUCACAUACUCUGUCGUCAUGGAGACCAGUGGCUAUCGCCAAGCAGUGGGUGGAGGGUUUCUACACACCAGAGGUUAUGAUCCUGUCUUGGCAGUCUUGUUGUUUUCUGGAGCUCUGGCUCUGCAUUCACGACAGCUAGAUCUGAAGCUGCGGCUCGACUAUCUCUGGGCUACUCAGGCAGAGGAGGAGAGAGAUGACAUGGAAAAGGUGAAGCUGGACAAUAAGAGGAUCCUGUUCAACUUGCUGCCAGCUCACGUGGCUCAGCACUUCCUCAUGUCAAACCCCAGGAACAUGGACCUGUAUUACCAGUCCUACGCUCAGGUCGGAGUGUUAUUUGCCUCCAUCGCCAACUUCAACGACUUCUACAUCGAGCUUGACGGGAACAACAUGGGAGUCGAGUGUCUGAGGCUUCUCAAUGAGAUCAUCGCUGACUUUGAUGAGCUGAUGGACAAAGAGUGCUACAGGGAUAUUGAGAAAAUUAAAACCAUUGGCAGUACAUACAUGGCUGCAGUCGGGCUGGUUCCCACAACUGCCUCCAAGGCUAAGAAGUCCAUCACUUCACAUUUAUGCACGGUGUCAGAUUUUGCCAUUGAGAUGUUUGACGUCCUGGAUGCCAUCAACUACCAGUCGUACAAUGACUUUGUCCUGAGAGUUGGUAUCAAUGUUGGGCCGGUGGUGGCAGGUGUGAUCGGAGCCAGAAGGCCUCAGUACGACAUCUGGGGGAACACAGUGAACGUAGCGAGCAGGAUGGACAGUACAGGAGUACAAGGAAAGAUACAGGUGACGGAGGACGUCUAUCGUCUCAUCACAGACUCCUACGACUUUGUUUGCCGUGGCCAGGUCAGUGUGAAGGGCAAAGGUCAGAUGCUCACCUACUUCCUUAACGGGCGCAAACAGGGCAGCCGUCCGGCUCAGACGCAGCAGCAGCAGCAGCCUCUAAACACCGAACGCCGGUCAAGCGCAUUUACCCACGGCAGCGUGUGCACCAGGCUAAGCCCCGCCCCGACCAUCGCCACCUAUGCUACCAUCAGGACCUCAAGCCCAAGCACGGCUAAGCCAACAGCCUCCACCAGCACCACCAGGUACCUGCCCUCCGUCCCCAUGGCGAUGGUGUGAUGGACACUGCAACCAUCGUAGGCAAGAAAACAGGAGUGGAGGCAGGAGAGACAUUACAAAACCGAAAACAGUAGAGUCACCCUCCACUUGCACUCUGCUGCCUGUGGGCUCAUCGCCCAUUAGAAAGUCAGGACCUGGACCUGGGCUGUGUUUAGGACUGAAGAGGGGAGUCUGAGGUGGCCUCGGACUCUCCCUCCCUCCAUACCUGAGCCCUGUUUGUUGCUUCACCACAGGUGUCGUGAACAGGAUACAGGAUGCUUUAGCCACGUUGUUCUGUAACCAAUCAAAGGCCAAGGACGUCUCCAGGAAUUAAUCUGUAUCCACGACUGUAAGAAACUAAAUCAGUGUUUGAAAACUAAAACAAUGCACAAUUGAUAGUGUAGCACACAAGCCUCUCACAACAACCACAACUAGAAGGUCCUUUAAUAAUCCUUUUAACUGACCCUGUUCUCUCAGUAUAAAACAUGAAUGUAUUAUUAGAACUGGAUGCCAGGCUCCAAGAUGGCGGCCAUUCUUUCACUGUUCACUGGUGCCAAAAAGUCUGGUUUAUAGUUUUAAUUCUACGUCCCACAACAUGAGUGUUUCAGAGGCCUGCAGAUUUUACCUUUACUGUUUUACAAAUGCUUUUUCUACACAUUCAGAGGAUUAAACAUGCAGUAUGUAAUUUCUGUCAUGAGGAGUCUAGCUGUCAAAACAGGAAUAAAAUGCAUAGUUUGACAAAAAAUCCUGUAGGUUAAUGU